UAUGGGGACAAUUUUAUCCUGCUCGCUCUAUUGUGCUCCAUGUGACUGCAGCCAGUGCAGUCUAAGAAUACCAAAAAAGAUUCUGAUCAUUGUGUUCACAAGAAAUGGUAUGGUAUAAGAUUCACGUGGAUUAUGGAUGUAAAUCAGCCUGCAUUCCUUGUUUUAUGUAUUUAGUUUGCAAUACAAUGUUUUAGGAUUGUGGCUCAUGCACUACCAAAGAGAAGAUAAAGAAACAGCAGAGGGGCAAUAUGAUUGAGUUUUUCAUUACUGAUUUCCUUGUAGACUUUUUUGGCAUUGGAUUAAACAUUCAAAGUACUUCUGGAAAUUGAAUGUAGUAUUAAUAUUAUACAUUUACUACAGGUAUAGAUGCUUCAGACAAAUUCAGAUUUAGAUUAAAUUAGAUAAAAAUUAAACUGUUUAUUGUUAGGACACCAUGAACAUUCAAAGCAAUACUAUCGAUGAAGAUCAAUUUAGAUCGUUCCAGGAAUUUUUGACAUCAUACAAUAAACUGUCAGAAUUAUGUUUUAUAGAUUGCAUAUUUGACUUUACAAGCCGAAACAUUCAGAAAAAGGAAGAGAAAUGUACUGUCAACUGUAUGGAGAAAUUUUUGAAAAUUAACCAAAGAAUAUCCCAGCGUUUUCAAGAAUUUCAAAUGAUUGCAAAUGAAAAUACUAUUUCAAUGGCAAAACGACUCAAAUGAUUUAAUACAAUGAUUAUGUAAACACA